CCGAGCCCCGCCUCUUCCCCGGGCUCGAGCGCCAGGCGAAGGCAGACAGGCAGGUAGCACACGCCGGCCAUGGCUCUCUUUCACUCCAGUCGCCUCGUGUCGCCUUGCUUGGCGUCCCUCUCGGCCCGAGCCAGCUCCUGGUGGGCUCAUGUGGAAAUGGGACCUCCUGACCCCAUUCUGGGGGUGACAGAAGCUUUCAAGCGGGACACCAACAGUAAGAAGAUGAACCUGGGAGUCGGGGCAUACCGAGAUGACAACGGGAAGCCCUAUGUCUUGAACUGUGUCCACAAAGCAGAGGCCCAACUAGCUGCAAAGAACUUGGACAAGGAAUACUUACCCAUUGCGGGGCUGGCAGAGUUCAACAAGGCGUCUGCUGAGCUGGCUUUGGGAGACACAAAUGAGGUUAUUAAGAGCGGACGGUAUGUCACUGUGCAGUCAAUUUCUGGAACUGGAUCUUUAAGAGUGGGUGCCAACUUCUUGCAACGAUUCUUCAAAUAUAGUCGUGAUGUCUACCUCCCUAAACCAUCCUGGGGCAAUCACACCCCCAUCUUCCGGGAUGCCGGGAUGCAGCUCCAGAGUUAUCGGUACUAUGAUCCCAAGACCUGCGGCUUUGACUUCAACGGAGCUGUGGAGGACAUUUCUAAAAUUCCGGAGCAAAGUGUCAUUCUCUUCCAUGCCUGUGCUCAUAAUCCAACUGGUGUAGACCCUCGGCCAGAGCAGUGGAAGGAGCUGGCGGCCGUAGUGAAGAAAAGGAACCUCUUUGCCUUUUUUGACAUGGCAUAUCAAGGCUUUGCUAGUGGGGAUAUAAACAGAGAUUCCUGGGCUGUCCGCCACUUCAUUGAGCAAGGCAUUAACGUUGUGCUGUCCCAGUCGUAUGCGAAAAACAUGGGCCUGUAUGGGGAGCGCGUGGGUGCCUUCACUGUAGUUUGCAAGGAUACCGAGGAGGCCAAGCGAGUGGAGUCCCAGCUAAAGAUUCUGAUCCGCCCCAUGUACUCCAACCCUCCCCUCCAUGGGGCUAGGAUUGCCUCUACUAUUCUCACCAGCCCCGACUUGCGAAAGGAAUGGCUGCAAGAAGUGAAGGGGAUGGCUGAUCGGAUCAUUGGCAUGCGUUCUCAGCUGGUGGCAAAUCUGAAAAAAGAAGGCUCCUCUCAUAACUGGCAACACAUCACCGACCAGAUUGGCAUGUUCUGCUUCACAGGCCUGAAACCUGAACAGGUGGAGCGGCUAACCAAGGAGUUCUCCAUCUACAUGACCAAGGAUGGACGCAUCUCAGUCGCAGGCGUGACAUCUGGCAAUGUGGCUUAUCUGGCCCAUGCCAUUCACCAAGUCUCCAAGUAAACCAAGAGUUGAGUCGAGUUGGAUCAGAUAGCCUUCUCUUCCACCUUCUUUGGACAGUUGAACAUCAGAGAAUGGGGGGGGGGGAGACACAGAAUGGCUUUCCCCCCCAAUGGCACUCAAACGUCACUGAAUGUAUUUCUGUAGAGGUCUUGUCCUCUCUCCCAUUCCCGCCAGUGUUGCUUGGCUCUAGGCAGAGCUGUUGAUUUGUGUUCUGCUCCUCUUUUCCAAAGAAAUUCAUCUGUGUGUUAACCAAAAAUGGAUCCUUCCUUGCUUUUAGAGGUUGUAGGGGAACCACUGGAAAUACAUCUGGCUUGAUUGACCCGCUACCAAACAUGGAUGGGGGUGUGGCUACUUCAACUCCUGUUGCAUUUUGGUCUGUCUUUCCCUGAGCUUUCCUCGUCCCAUGAAACACGUACUGUAAUUUGGAAGCUCUCCUCUUCUCAAAGAACAAAAGACUACAAAGGCUUGUGCUUCACAGGAGCUUUUUCUCCUGGGCAUUUUGGAAAGCCGUUGAAUCUUCCGAUUCCCUUUCUUUCAAGGCAGGCAAGGGCCCUCGAUCCCCCCAGUGGCUGCUACUAGGCAGGUGCAUUUCUGGGUGAUGACCAUGAAAAGGCUGCAGCCUAUAGCCUUCAGCUCACCCAUGUCUGUAGCCUUCCUCCAACAGAAGAAUGAUGCACAUUGGCAGAAAGCUCCUGAGGCUAGAGUGAGGCUCCAGAUGUAGCUGAAGGGAGUGGUAGGAUAGAAGCCAAGAGUCCCUGUACAGUUAUCUUUGGCCUGAGCAAUGGCAGCAAAUCAAGUCUGGAAGGGAAACUGUGUGUCACAUGGGCUUUAACCUCUGUUUUGGAAAGCCUUGUGGAAUCCUUUCUCAUCUGGAGGAGGGACUUGGGUUUUUUGCUAGAAUCAGUUCAGAGUGCCAGUUCAAGCUUGCUCUUUCCAGUCUCUGCCUAUCUCCCACCUGGUGUGGAGUCUUUAGAAGUGUGAUAUAUUUGGCAGCCCUUGGUAUCUGGGCCUGAGUAUGGCACAGCACAACUUCCCAGAGCUGAAGCCUGGGGACUGGCUACACCUUCUUUCCUUGAGGGCUGGGGCAAGCCUCUUCCUUUUCAAUCCUGCGCUAAAGAGAACUUGUUCAGGAGUUUGCACCCUUCCUUGAGCUUGGAGGGAGGGAACCCUCUUUCCCAUUCAGUUUCCUUGCCACUUGUAUAGUGCAGUGUUGCUCCUUUUAAAAUUGUGCCUUGUCUAUGUGGGAGGUCACAUUGGGACCUCAUCCUACUUUGGGGGGCUGCUGCCACUUCAGUCCAGAGAGAGAACAGAGGGCUGUAAGCUUUCACAGCUCCAGACUUCCCAAAUAACCCCACAGCAAUAAUUCCUAGACACCUGAGGCACAGUAUUAGCUAUUUCUCUUUUGCUCCCGCAAGCCUAGUGCCCUCAAGAGAUCCAGCGCACCAACCUCUGUGGUUUUUAAGGUUACUGACAUCAGAGGGCAGGUCCUACUGUCCAUCUUUGGCUGUGGGGAGGACUUAUAUACCUAUUUGUUUUGAAAAGAACGUGGGAAACAUCCCUGAGACACUUUCUAGGUGAAGGAGAAGUAGGUGUACCCCAGGAGAGACAGGCUGAAAUCUCUGCCUCUCUCCAAAAACAAGACGGCCAGUUCGGUUUCUGGAAAUUCAAUCCCUCUUUUCAUUCUCUAAAUUUCCCACCAGCCUGUUGCUUUCCAUGGCAGAUCUGCCCUUGCGUGGUAAGUGCGGAUACUGUGCAACUUCUGCUUUUGUUUUUUUCAAUUUGAUUUUCACCCUGGGCUUUCUGGUCUGCCAAAUCUUGUGGCUCCAUCUGUGAUGACUGAGUGCCAAAGUGUACAUCUCGCAUGGGAAAGUGUGCAGAAGUACCACAAUUUGGUCCUGCAGCCUGAACGAGAAGGUCAUCUUGGCCUUGCUUCUGCCGGCUAGAGCAAGAUGUGUGCUCUCAGCUGGAAUGAGAACUCCUCUUUGAGGAAGCACCCUUGGGACGGUUUCUUGAAAGUUGAAUGAGUUAGACAGACCAUUUCUCCCCAACCCUUCUUAUUUAUCAGUCUCCAGCCUAUCUGUCUGCCAGAGGCUGUAAUGGUAGCACAAAAAUGGGGUAUCGCCUGCUGGUCAAACCAGUAUCGCAGUUUGCUGCAUCUAUUGCUUGUUUCCUUGAGGUCAGUAACAGAAUGUUCCUUUUGAGUGCUGAAAAUGGUAUUACUAUUAGAAAGACUAGAGGCCCCUUCUUAUCAGAGGGAGAAGACGACGGUGCAGUAGUUGUGGAGGCAGCCAGUGCAUUCAGCACCUGUCUUUUAAACAUGCUUUGGCAGAACUACCAAGCUUUCCAAAUCCUCUGUGUUGCUGCUGCUUUUCUCAGAGGGGUUAAGAGGAGGGUGGUCAUUUCCAUGCCGUGGUUCUAGGCUGCCUUUUAGCUGUCUGAUUCCUGCCCUUGCCUCCUUUCCUUUUUCCAGAAGAAUCUUCUGCCGUUCAGUAUAAAUCAUGUAGGCCUUUAUACAGCCUAUUUGUUUCACAAAUAAUAAAACUGCUGUUCAUCUGA